UGUAGUCAUACAUAAUUUAUUUUAUUGACUGAUUGUCUAUAGUUUUAUUAAUAGCUCGAUAGUUUACAAUCGAUCGACUCUCUUUAGGGAGAGAUUCUAAAACGAGUUAACAUCAUGGCAAAACUAGUUCUAUCUUCUCUGGUUCUGAUAGCUUUAUUACAUCUAUGUGGCGGCUACAAGAUUUUAGUAGUUUUCCCGUUAGCUGGAAAGAGUCACCACAUACUUGGAGCAGGCUAUGUCAAACAUCUGUUGGAAGCUGGACAUGAGGUUACUUACGCAACUCCGUUUCCAUCGAAUAAAACGACCGAUAAGUAUCAUGAAGUUGAUCUUAGCAAAAAUAUAGAGUUUUACAACAAACAAACUUCAAAAAUGUUAAAUUUAAGGGCUAUCAUAAACAAGGAAACAAACAUCGAUGUACUAGCCGUGAUACCCGACUUCGUUAAGAUGAUUAAGUCCAUGAUGGAAAGUGAUAAACUCGUCAAUUUCCUCAGCGACCCUACGCAGGAGUUUGAUGCUGUUAUUGUAGAGUGGCUUUUCACCGAUGUUUUUGCCGGGAUAGCGUCCCUAUAUAACUGCCCACUGAUCUGGUCGUCGUCCGUGGAGGCGCACUGGAUAGUGCUCCAGCUGAUACAUGAGCCUUCGAACCCCUCGUUUAACGCAAACGUCCUUUCUACCACGAUUCCACCGUUUACGUUCUUCGAGCGAGUUGCCAACUUAUUGACCAUGGCUGCGAUCAAGACUAUAAAAUAUUUCUACUUACAGCCGAGAGAGACCGCAAUAUACGAAGAAUUCUUUACGCCUCUAUUCGCAAAACGGGGUAGACAGCUGCCGCCAUACGAGGAAGUCGUGUACAACGGCACGUUCAUGCUGACAAACUCCCACAGUUCGUUGAGCCAGCCCAUCAGUGUGCCCCCGAAUGUUAAGGAAAUCGGAGGAUAUCAUAUCGAUCCUAACACCAAACCUCUUCCAGCGAAUCUCCAAAAGAUUAUGGACGAGGCAAAGCAUGGAGUCAUAUACUUCAGUAUGGGAACCAAUGCCAAGAGCAAAGACUGGCCAGAAUCUCUGAAAAAAGAUUUCUUAGAAGUAUUUGGUGGAUUGAAGCAAACUGUGCUAUGGAAGUUUGAAGAACAGUUACCAAAUUUACCUAAAAAUGUUCAUAUUUUGGAGUGGGCGCCGCAGCAAAGCAUUCUUGCUCAUCCCAACAUGCGCCUUUUCAUCACCCAUGGCGGUCUCCUCUCCACCACCGAGACAGUGUACUUCGGAGUCCCGACGAUCGUCAUGCCGUACGGAGCCGACCAGCGCGUCAAUGCGCUGAGAGCUGUAAACAAGGGAUAUGCGAAAAUGGUUGAGCUGUCUUACGAAAUGGCUGGUGAAAUGAAGGUUGCCAUAGAAGAAAUGCUAUCUAAUACAAAGUAUUCUGAGAAAGCGAAAGAACUUUCAAAGUUGUACCACGAUCGCGUGGUGCACCCAGGCAAAGAGCUGGUGCACUGGGUGGAGCACGUGGUGCGCUCGCACGGCGCGCUGCAUCUGCGCUCCCCCGCACUGCUGCUGCCCUGGUACCAGAAGAUGUACUUAGACUUAUUAGCAUUGAUUUUAGUGGCUCUGUAUGUUAUUAAAGUAGUAUUGAAAUUGUUAUUUAGGAAACUAAGCUUCAAAGUGCCUAUUACUGAAAAGAAAACCAAUUAAAUUUUAAGGAAUGACAAAAUUCGUGAUACGUAAUAAACGAAUGAUGCCUCAGUACUUAAGUGUUACAUAGAUUUAAGAUCUAUCAAAUAAACGUUUUCACCAAA